AUGAAUUGGAUGCCGGCUCCUCAGGCACCAAUGGGUUGCCCUCCUGGACUGGAGUAUUUAACUGCCAUUGAUCAAGUGCUUGUGCAACAGCAAACUGAGCUUUUAGAAGGUACGUUGUUUGUGUAUUCUUCUUACCUAAACAACUUACAGAAGUUUGUAGUUAAUAUGCUGUGGUUUAGUUUUAUCCUUGGUUUAAUUUUAAUUUUUCCUUGUUUCAAACUCUUAAUUAUCACACACAUUAUUAUACCCAAAAAUAAAGAAAAAUAAAAUUCAAACCAAGGAAAACAACAUACACCACAAUAUAUACCUGUACAUGACUCACGGUGCAAACAAAGCCAGCCAGCAAGUAAUAGCCCAAAAGUCAUUCUAACCUAAGCCCGAGCAAAAUUUCUGAUGAGCAGAACUGAUUGAAGUUCAUCUGUUCAUCUGUAAUUUGAAUUCCCCCCCAAAAAAUGUCACUUGCCCAUUGGGCAAGUUAAGAACAGAAUUCACUUAGCCUGGUAGCAUUAUCCACUAACCAUGGUGUUGUUGUUGUUUCGCUGUUCUUCAAGAUUCAUUUGAUUCUCAGUGUGUCUUAGUAUUUUAACAAUUCAAGUUAAUUAGCAUUCAUAUGUUCUCAUUUGAUAUAUUAUUUUGGCACUGCUUCGAAAUCGGGCUCGCUUCUUUUCCCUUCUACAUUUCGAGGAUUAAUAGAAUGAUUCGCUGAAAAAGGAAAAACCCAAAUAUCCUGAUGAGAAAUUCGCUCAAAGGAUGAAAAACUCCAGGAAGAAACUACUUACACUAGCGUGAAUUCCCUCCGGGUAUUCGGUUUCUAAAUCUGAAUUCUUCUUGUCAACUGCUAGCAGAAAACUGAAUUAAAAAACAUAGCGUCGAAUGCCGAAAUACCCUUAGGGAAUAUAGGGGACGUGUUACUAUCGGCAAUGGAUUUAAUUUAUAACACAUGGGCUAUCGGACACUACUUUCUUUGCACACUUUAAUAUGACUGUGUAAAAUAAUAUCUUUUAGCUUUAAGUUGAAACUCAUGGUUUUCUGUUCAAAUAAAGAUCGAAAUCUUUCGCCAGGAGAAAAAUGAUCCUUUUUUAUUUUUCGCAUGCCAGCUAAUACUCUGAAAAUGUAGCCUCUGCUCGCAGUGUAAAACAAAGGGGAAACCAGUAAAAAGACGUGGAGGACAAGUUUAUUCUUUUAGCUUGACAUUUACUUAGCAUAAUGAAUGACCUUUUUCUAUAUUUAAAGCUAUUGUGGGAUUUGAGACCAACAACAAGUACAAGAUAUGUAAUUCCAUGGGUCAACAAGUCUACUUUGCUGCUGAAGGU